AUGCCGACUCGCAAUGCCUGGACCAUGGACGAUGCGGCUCGCAAUAAACUAUUGAAAAAGUACAAGACACAGGUGGCUUCGGCGACGUCGACCAUCUGCGCAACUUUGGCGGUGACCCCUCUAGAGAAUGUCAAAACUCGGAUGCAGACGCACAAUUUCCAAAACGUCUUUCAAUGUGUCCGCUAUCUUUGGCGUACCGAGGGCCCUCGCGGUUAUGUAGCUGGUGCCCUUCCGCCGCUAGCGAGCGUGACCGCGGUCCGAGUCGUCAACUUCUCCACAUACAACUGGGCCAAGCAUGCCAUCUCCGACUCCAUACAGAAUAUCACCGGCCGAUCUCCUUACAAAGAGUACAAUACACCUGGCAGCAGCCCGACAGCGACGGGAAUUUUCAUGUUUACCUCCGCGGGCCUGCUCGCCGGGUUGGUGACUUCUCCCCUUGCCUGUCCCUUCGAAUUGGCCAAGAACGUUGUCCAAACCUCUGUGUUGGUGUCGAAUCGCGCUCAAGCUGCCCCCGAUGCCGCCCGAGACCCUUCCCUUCGCCGCAAGCCCCGUCUUGGUACCAUCGAAGCAAUCCAGCAGAUCGUCAAGCGCCACGGAUUCCGCGGCUUGUAUACUGGCUUUCGCCUCCACGCGAUGCGGGAUACCCUAGGGUCAGGGUUGUACUUUGGCGUCUACGAAACCGUGAAACAGAUCGCCGCCAAAGAGAUGGGAUCUGACAAGUCUCCAUUUGGCGCGCCCAUGAUCGCCGGUGCCAUCUGCAGCACCGUCCCAUGGUUCUGUACGUAUCCCCUCGACACGCGCAAAACCCGCGCGCAGAGCGUGCUCCUCGGCAAAUCCUCUGAGAUCGGCGAGGCCUCGGUGGCUGUCGCCAAAUCGAGCAUGUAUAAAGGCCUGUCCAUCAUCCUCAUUCGGACGGGUGUGAACAACAUGAUCCUCUUGAGUAUCUUCGAGUACAUCAAGAUGCGGAUCAACGAGCUCCCGGAUUAA